AUGGCCACGCUAGAGACGCUGCCCAUUCUUAGUGACCCAACCUACCCCAGCCCGGAGAACUUCCACGGUUUUGCUCCCCGGCCAUCCCAACCCAUCCCCCAGAGCACCAUGGGGAGUGUGGGCAGCGGAGUUGCCAAUGACCAAGAGUUUGCCAUGAAGAGUGUGGGGACCCGGACGCAGAGCAGUGGCCGGCAGAUGGAGGGGUCUCGCAAUGGGUACUCCACACGGGAGAUCUCCAACCGCUACUCCGGCGAGGAGAAGACAUACAAGUCGGAGAAGGUCUCCAAUUCCCUCUACAUCAACGGCGACCUGCGCAAGAGCGAGAAGGUGAAGAUGGACAUCUGUGGGAACGUGACCACCAACAAUGAGAAGAACAUGCCACCUCCUCCCCAAUACCGAGAGUCCAGUAACCCACCAAAGAUAUUGCCAAUCUCCGGCAAACUAGACCAGAGCAAUGAGCCCUUAGUUAGACCCUCAGCCUUUAAACCAGUAGUUCCUAAAAACUUCCAUUCCAUGCAGAACCUCUGCCCGCCACAGAGCAACGGGGUGACAGAGAACAGAAAGAGCUUGAACCAUGCCAACAGCAAUAGCCCGUCCGCACCCAAAAGUGGACUCGACAAGAGCAGCCUUAACAGGACUACAAACCAAGUGGGGGGCCUUUCAGAUUCAGGUCGUAACUCAUUAACGAGCCUGCCCACGUACGGGACAGGCUACAGCCAGCACGUGGGUCCAAUGAGCGCCUCCACAAGCCACAUCAACCGCAUCGGUACCACCUACGUGGACAAGAACAUCGUGGGAUACAAUGGGAUAUCUACCUCAGACAGCGGGCGGUCUUCGAGCAAGAGCACCUCUUCGUUCAACAGACUGAACCAUCUCAACGAAACGAUGCCUUUCCAUUCACCUUCAACGGAUGACAUCAUCCAAGACCUGGAAGACCGGCUGUGGGAGAAGGAGCAGGAGGUCCUCCAGAUGCGAAGGAACUUGGACAAAAGCGAGGCAGCCAUCUUCCAAGUGUUUGAGGAGAAGCAGAAGAUCUGGGAGAGGGAAAUGGAGGACCUGAGGCAAAACUAUGCUAACAAAUUGCAGCAGGUAUCCAAAAAGGCGCAGCGGGCUCAGCAGGCCUUGCAGCUCCAAAUCUUCAAGCUUCAGCAAGAGAAAAAAAAACUCCAAGACGAUAUGGGACAACUCCUCCAGCAACGAGAGGAGCUAGAGAAGAAAUUUGUAGCUUUCAAGAAGGAGCAGGCUGAGUUUCUCCCAAAGAUUGAAGAGACUAAGUGGGAGGUGUGCCAGAAGGCAGGUGAGAUCUCCCUGCUCAAGCAGCAGCUGAAGGACUCCCAAGCAGAUGUCUCCCAGAAGCUGAAUGAGAUCGUGGGACUGCGGACACAGCUCAAGGAAGGUAAGAACUUCCUACGCGAGAAGGAGGAGCAGAUCCUCACCCUGAAGGACUCCUACAGCUCCAAGAGUGUCAACCUGGAGAUUUGUGAGAGCGAGUUGCAGCGGAAGAUGAGCGAGGUCCAGGUGCUGAGGGAAAAACUGAACCACUGUGAGCUGGAGGUCUCCGGCCUGAAGCGGACACUUGCUAGCAUGGGACCUCCAGGACCUUUUGGUGGGGACCUUGGUGAGAAGCUGCGAGAUCCGCUGGCCUGCGAGAGUGACGAAGCCAAGAUGCAGCGGCAGAGCGAGGACAGUGUCAACACGCUGCGGAAGGAGGUGGAGCGGCUCCAGACGGAGCUGAAGCUGGAACGGCAGCAGCGGGAACAGCAGGUGAUGGACUUCGAGGAGGAGCGGCGCACAUGGCAAGAAGAGAAGGAGAAAGUCAUCAAGUACCAGAAGCAACUGCAACUGAACUACGUGGAGAUGUACCAGAAGAACCAGCUUCUGGAGCACAAGGUGAAUGAGAUGAACACAAAGGCCACCAGCCCCCCACACACCGAGGAUAAAAAACCAUGGACUCCCUCCAGACUCGAGCGAAUAGAGUCCACCGAGAUCUGA